AUGGAGGCGGUGAGAGGGCUCAUCCCUUUGGUUCUUUUAAUUGUGUCAUGUUCGGCAGAGUUUAAUUCAACCAAGACUGAAGGAAAUUCCAGAUGCAGAGCCAGUCUGGGAGGCGCCAGCCUGUCAGAGACCCACCGUGCCCUGGUCCUGCAAUUCACUGCCGAUGAGGACUGCACCUGGACAUUAGAAAGACCAGAAAACAAGAGCAUCAGAAUCAUCUUCUCCCACGUCCAGCUUGAUCCAGAGGGAAGUUGUGAAAGUGAAAACAUUCAAGUUUUUGAUGGAAAGUCUACCAAGGGGACUCUGCUAGGGAAAAUCUGCAGCAAAAAUGACUAUGUUCCUGUAUUCGAAUCAUCAUCCAAUACGUUGACGUUUCAAAUAGUCACCGACUCUGCCAGAAUUCAAAGAACUGUCUUCAUCUUCUACUAUUUCUUCACUCCCGGCACCUCUAUCCCAGACUGUGGUGGUUAUCUGGACACUCCCGAAGGUUCCUUUACCAGCCCCAAUUACCCAAAACCACAUCCUGAGAUGGCCUAUUGUGUGUGGCACAUACAAGUGGAGAAAGGUUACAAGAUAAAAUUAAACUUCAAAGAGAUUUUCCUGGAAGUGGAUGAGCAAUGCAGAUUUGAUUUUGUUGCUAUCUAUGAUGGCUUCUCCACCACCUCUGGGCUGAUGGGACAAGUGUGUGGCCGCGUGAAGCCCACCUUCGAAUCCUCGUCAGACUCACUGACCGUCGUGCUGUCUACAGAUUAUGCCAACUCCUACCGGGGCUUUUCUGCUUCCUACACUUCAGUUUAUGCGGAAAACGUCAACACGACAUCUUUAACUUGCUUCUCUGACAAGAUGAGAGCUAUCAUAAAUAAAUCCUACCUGGAAUCAUUUAACUACAACGAGAUGAACUUACAAGUAAAUGACCCAACUUGCAGACCCAAAGUGUCAAAUGUUGUGGAAUUUUCUCUGCCUUUUGAUGGAUGUGGUACAAUUAAAAAGAUAGAAGAUCAUUCAAUUACUUACACCAAUGUAAUUACCCUCACUAUGGCCCCAACUUCUGAAGUGAUCACCCGUCAGAAACACCUCCAGAUUAUUGUGAAGUGUGAAAUGGAACAGAAUUCUACUGUGGAGAUGAUGUACAUAACAGAAGAUGAUAUAAUACAAAAUCAAAAUGCCCUGGGCAAAUAUAACACAAGCAUGGCUCUUUUUGAAUCCAAUUCAUUUGAAAAGCCUAUACUAGAAUCACCAUACUAUGUGGAUUUGAACCAGACUCUUUUUGUUCAAGUCAGUCUACACACUUCAGAUCCAAAUUUAGUGGUGUUUCUUGAUACCUGCAGUGCCUCUCCCACGUCUGACUUUGCAUCUCCAACCUAUGACCUAAUAAAAAAUGGAUGUAAUCGAGAUGAGACCUGUGAGAUAUAUCCCUUAUCUGGACACUAUGGAAGAUUCCAGUUUAACGCCUUCAAAUUCUUGAGAAGUCUGGGCUCCGUGUAUGUACAGUGUAAGGUUUUCAUAUGUGAUAGUGGUGACCCUCAGUCUCGCUGCCACCAAGGCUGUGUCUCUAGAAGGAAACGAGAUGUUUCUUCCUACAAAUGGAAGACUGAUGCCAUCCUAGGACCCAUUCGUCUGAAAAGGGAUCGAAGUGCAAGUGGAAAUUCCGGAUUUCAGUAUCAAAUACAAGGAGAUGAAACUCAGAAUCAACCUUUCAACAGCCUGCACCUAUUUUCAUUCAUGGUCCUCGCUCUGAAUGUUGUGAUUGUGGCUGCUGUCAUCGUGAGGCAUUUUGUGAAUCAGAGAACAGACUACAAAUACCAGAAGCUAUCGGACUGUUAACUAAAGGCUUCAGCCUUAAGGGAGACACACCCCUCCUGAGUGCAGAAAGAAACACAACCUCCAGACUAUGAGCAUCGUGAAUAAAUU